AUGGCUACAAGUGGAAAUGUUGACCCACAACAGUAUACACGUGUAUCGGAUAUUGUUAAAGAACCGCAAACGAUGCUCAUGCCAAUUGAAGGGUAUGAAGAAAUGCCAAUAGUGCCACUGGAGGAAGCAGUUGUACCACUUGUUUCGAUUGUACCUAAAAUUCAAAAUUUUGUUUAUGUUGCGAAACAGCGAUCUAAAUCCGUACCUGCCGAUAAUUUAACACAGGAUGAAUCAGCUUCAAUCAUGCUCUACUCAAUGGACUGGGAACCACAGGAAAAAUGUUUAUAUUUUGCCCUAAAUGCAACUCUUCGCACUGAAGAUAGGAAAAAAUUAAAACCGUGGUUCUCGUAUUUGAAACUUAUUCUUACAGCACUCGAAAAAUUACCAUCCACACGAUGUCAUGUGUUUCGUGGAGUGAAUUUAGAUCUAUCUAAUCAAUAUACUAAAGGAAAAGAAUUUGUCUGGUGGGGAUUUUCUUCAUGUACAACAACUAUAGAAGUACUCGAGGACGAACAAUUUUUAGGCAAAACUGGCGAAAGAACAAUGUUUACUAUCGAAUGUGAUAGUGGCAAAGAUAUCAGUCGUCAUUCGUAUUAUCAAUCGGAAAAAGAAGUUCUUCUUCUGGCUGCUCGACAAUUUAUUGUAGUAUCUUGUCUUCGAGCAGCACCAGGCCUUCAUAUGAUUCAAUUAAAAGAGACAAAGCCUCCAAUUACUCUUUUAGAACCGGUUACGAUUGAGUCUGCGCAGAUUAAACCAACACCGAAUUUUUAUCAAUCAAAUCAUUUCACAGAUAGUACACCGACUAUAUCAAAGAAUCCAAUAAUAACAGAUCCAAUAUUAACUCAAUCUCAAAUAAAACAAGAAGACAUUCAAAGAGAAAAGAGUAAAUUUCAACAAUUUGGAAUUACUGUUGCUGGAGGAAAUGGGCAAGGAUGGAACCUGGAUCAGCUAUCUUACCCUCAUGGAAUGUUUAUUAAUAGCAGUAACUCAGUUUAUAUUGCUGAUUCUCGCAAUCAUCGUAUUGUUAAAUGGAAAUUUAAUUCAAAUAUUGGUCAAAUCAUCGCAGGUGGAAAUGGAAAAGGAAAUCAAAGUAAUCAAUUGGAUUAUCCAAGAGAUAUAAUUUUUGAUAGAAAAAAUUAUUCUUUUGUUAUUGCUGAUUAUGGAAACAAACGAGUAAUUCGAUAUUCUGAUCGAACUGAAACAUAUGAACAAAUUCUUAUUUCAAAUAUUAACUGCUGGGGUCUGACAAUCGAUAAAAAUGGAUUUAUUUAUGUUUCUGAUUGUGAGAAUAAUGAAGUAAGACGAUGGAAAGAAGGAGAUAAACAAGGUGAAUUAGUUGCUGGUGGAAAUGGUAAAGGAAAUCAUCUUAAACAACUGAACUUCCCUGCUAAUAUCUUUAUUGAUGAAGAUUAUUCUCUUUAUAUAUCAGAUCUUUCGAAUCAUCGUGUCAUGAAAUGGAAAAAAGAUGCAAAAGAAGGAAUUAUUGUUGCUGGUGGAAAUGGUCAAGGAAAUAGUCUUAAACAAUUGUAUCAUCCUCGAGGAGUGAUUGUUGAUCAUUUGGGUCAAAUCUAUGUAGCAGAUGCUUG